GGGGAUCCCAUGCCGACACAAAUAUGCUGGGGGUUUUGCAGUCCUCUUUCUUAGUGACUUUCCUGUGCUUUCCACUGAUGUCACAACUGGUUGACUAUGACAGUCAUUAAUGGGUAAAGCUAAGUAGACCUCUGAGUUAAUAUAGGUGCCUCAUUUCUGAACUGAGAUUAGAAAGAGAAAAUGAACAACUCCCUAGAAUACUUAGCAUAUCCUGCAAUUGUUGCUAAUCACAGGCAAAGCACAACCUUUAAGAAGAAACUGGAUGUCGGCCACCACGUGUCUCACAAGAACAGAGUGGAAGUAGCUAAGCCUACAGUUGAUAACAAGCCUCCAGUGGCACAUACCCACCAUAUUUUAAAAUUAAGUAAAUUACAGGGUGAACAAAAGAGAAUUAAUAAAAUUGAAUAUGAAAACAAGCAACUAUGUCAAAAAAUUGCUGAUGCUCAACGUGGUCCCGCUAAGGUGGAUUGCUGGAACGAAUAUUUUUCCAAGAGCUUAAACAGAGAAACUCGCAACAGGGAACUAGUGAGAAUUACUGUGGAGAAUCAAGGAAUUCUUCGAAGACUUGGAGACCGUAAACCUCACUAUGACCGCAGGGCAUCUGAGAUAGACUGGCAGAAUUCCAGACGAUAUAUAAGAAAUACCACAAGAUAUCUUCUGUACAAGAAGGAUUAGAAAAAUCAGCAUGGGGAAAUAAAACCCAAAGGAGGCUUGGUGAUCUCAAGUCAACUUGGAAUAUCAUGGAACUCCUAAAUGGAUAAAUGACUGGAUCUUUGGAAGCUACAAUAAAACUUGCCACACGAAAUGAGUAAGUUACAUUAUAUUCCUCAUCUGAAUCUAGAGACAGAAAUGGAGCCUGCCGCCAGAAAAAAAAAGAUGCAAGCACAUUUUUUUAUUUUUUUUAAACAAAGGACAUUUCCACACUCAGACCUUAUCACCCUUUUUAGACAUAGACUAAAAACAAAAAGAAAAAGGUGAUCAUCAAGCUACAAGUUGAUUUCUCCGCCCAAAAUAAUCAUGUGACAAAACCAAGGUUAAAAAAACAACAACACGUGGAACCGAUGUCAUUUUUUUAUUCUGUCGAUAUACAAAAUUGGGAAAAGAACCUCUCGUUUAAAAUCCCAGUACACAGAACAAGGAGGUCCGCUCGCAUCUGCCCGCAGCAACAGUGAAAUACUCUACUAACUUUGACGAAAAUGUAUCACUGAGAAAUCAUUGUAUGUAUCAUUGUAAAAUUGAGGCCACAAUGCAUAGAUUUUCUUGCUGAUCCUACAGGUUGGCGCAAGUGACUUUUAGAGAGAAGAGAUGCUUUGACAUCCCCUUAUUUAUUUACAGGGUAUACAAAUGACUGUCUUUUGCAUGUUAUUGACUUUGUGAUGCAGAAAUAUUCUUCCUUGUUCAUUGGCUCAGAACUCUAUCUCUCGAGGAUGGGAGCUGUACUUAUUCCUAAAAAGAAUUCCAUAGUUAUUAAAGAUAUUUCUAUGAGA